AUGACAUCCGCGCUGAACGAUAUCGACUUUGCCGACAUGGGCCGCACCUGCCUCGGCCACGCGGCGCGACGCACGGCAAACCUUCUGACGCGGCACUACAAUCGUCACAUGGCGGCGCUCGGGCUGGAAUUGACGCAGGCUCAACUUCUAGCGGUCAUAGCAGACGGCACCGCACCCUCCGCAUCAGCGAUUGCCCGCUAUCUCGGCAUCGACCGGUCGACGCUCGCCCGCAAUCUGCGCCCCCUGGAAGCAGCCGGCCUGAUCCGCCGCCGGGAAACGAAAGGACGCACGGUCCUUCCGAUCCUCACGCCGGCCGGCGAGCAAAAGGUCGUCGAAAUCCAUCAAAGAUGGCUGGCCGCCCAGGCGGAACUGAGCGCCAUGCUCGGGCCGGAGGGUGCCGACGCGGUUCGCUCGCACAUGUCAGCCCUGCGCAAAGCGGUCCACAUUCUGGAAGACAACGACCGGACUGCAGUCCCCUCACCGUCCCGCCGGGACUGA